AUGGGUCUCGCGGUUUCAAACUGUUCCGAUAAAUGUCUCAAAGAAAUUCCAUCUCCUCGUCAACGUUUGACUUCUCUCUCAUCACGAACUGGAAGUAUGGGAAAGAAUUUAAUUCGAAAUACAUCCGAAGGGUCAUGUGGUGCUUCUCCAACCACUACAACCACACAUCAAACAUUCAUGGACAAUCAAAUUGAGGCCUUUAUUUCGCAAAAAUUACUUACCUUUUUAAAAUCGAAUCCUUAUUAUAAGGAUCGAACAAUUCCUGAAGAGCAAGAAUUAUGGAGAACCAUUUUGAAGCAAUCCCUGAUAUGGACAGUUUUGAGUACGCCUUCGAAAUUGAAACAAAAGUACUUGGAAGGUCAUGAGAGAGCCUUUUUGGCAUUGAAACCUAUACUUGAUGACUUGGAAGAAGAAUUUAAACCAGUGUUGAAACGAUUUGGUAGUUUUGAUGCUACCAAUGAUAGCAGUGAUGAUUUUAAUGGAGUUUCAAAAUCUUCAGACAUGUGGCAACUGAUUGAUGUGCCAGAAUUUGACCUGGCUGAUGUGACACAAAUGAUCAAUUUGAGUAAGAAUUUUAGUGGAGUGAGAUUACUGUUAUUACCUACGUAUCCAACCAUUCCUCAGAAUACAAAAGUGAACACUCACUUGCACGACGAGCCAUUAGCACGGACCAUGCGACAUUUAUUGUCACCUCUUGGAGUGGAUUUAACAUUUGACAUACGAGAAGACAUUUAUAUGAAACCAGUGGUUGCAAUAGGUUCCAUCUUAUUCGAAUGGGAUUCAAGCGUUGGCUUAUGUGUGCCUAGAUAUUGUUUACAGCUCUCCAGAAUGCUGGCCACCGAAAAUUGCAUUUAUUACAACAAUCAUAUUAAUACGGAGGAAGUGUUGGAUGUGGUGUGUAAUGUCGUAUGUGAGUGGAAUUCGACAAAACCAUCCCUAUUCACUUGUGCUCAUCAUUUACAACAACGAGCACAAAGCAUUAGUGGACGAAAACAGUCCAUUCCGUCAUCAGCAGCUGGUGAAAUUUUUGAGAAUAAGGAUCGAACGCAGGAUUGUUCUGCCAUUUAUUUUACAUAUGAUUUAUUGAAUGCUAUUGUAAAGCAUUGUUCAAAGAAGAAUGGUGCUGAAAUGUUACCUGGAGCAAUGACAACAACAUCCAACCACACCAGUACAAUCAAUUGUGAAGAUGAAAUUGCACAACUAUUUUUCCCAGAAACUGAAUCAUGUAGUUCCAUAUUGGUGAAGGAAUUAUUGCAUGAAACUUCAACAUUACCACCAAGCAAGUUGUACGAUGGAGGAGACUCAAUUUCAUUGAAAUUUCCAGUUUCAGAACUAUUUCGUGAACAUUUUGAAUUGUCAAUUCUUGGAAAGACAAUGGAAUUUUCGAAUCAUCAAGAACUAGACGAGUUUGUCCGGCAUUUACUCUGCAAAGAUCCAAAACUGAAAGAAAAGUUUCCAUUCGAAUAUGCCAUACUGAGAUGUAUUGAUCGAUGUUUCUGGGUUGGUCAUUUGCAUGACAAUGAUGAUGAAACUUUCUCCCCAAUCUCUGAUCAAUCCCAUCAACAAGGAACAACAUGUCCUUUCGGAGAUCCAACCACAGCCGCUGGAUUAACGUUUAUGAAAGAUCAUUAUUAA